CGUUUCCAGCCGUUUCUCUGAAUACGAAGAUUUCAUUUGUCAUGCCCUGUAUUUUGGAAAGAACAUGGAAUUGGAAAGAAAUCAAAGCAGACAUGUAACUAGUAACAAUACAUCUAAUAAAAAUGUCUAUGUUCCAGAUUAUCUCAUUUUCAUACAUUGUUCGUUAGUUACUGUUAUAAACUAAAUGGAAGUGAUACGAAUUUCAGUCCAGAAUCCAGAUGUCCAUGUAGAUCAAUGUCCACCAAUAUGGAGGACUGACUGUUGCUGUAUGGUUGUUGUUUACGCUUAGCAACGCUAUUUUCAUUCGGAUUUGAGUCUUUUAACACUUAAAAAUUCAACUAAAAGAAUGCUGUGAUGCAUAAAACAUGUCAAGGAAUUAUUCAAGGAGUACAGCAGACGAAAAUAUCAAGGACAAAGUGCGAAGAAUGAAAGAAAAACAAAAACAAUGGAUGGAUGAACGCGAAUCUGCUAAACAAAAACAAACAAAAUCAAAUGGCUUAAAAAACUCUCUUUACUUGAAUUCAAGCAUAUCUGGUUCAAAAAGAAUAGAGGGCAAAGUCACUCCAACUCGGUCUAAUAGCUUAACAUGGAUUUCAAAAGACAAUUAUCAUAGUUCCAGCAAGAAAUCUGUUGGCAAUCGACAAUCGGAUCGAAAGUCAAUUUCAUCAAAACAGUUUAACAAUAAACAUGAUAAUAAAAGUUCGCCAAUCAAUGAAUUCAAUAAAUCUGCAUCGAGUGUCACAGGUUUCGAUGAUGGCUUUCAGAAGUCUACCAGAACACCAAGUUCACCCAUUAGACAACCAAAUGCGAUAACAUAUAGCAUGAACAAUUCCAACAAAGGGUCAUUUGAUAGCCUUGCCGAUGAAGUGGGUGAAAAAUUACAAUUGAUAGAAAAGGAAAGACUGUUAUCUAAAGAAACUGAUCUUUCAGGAAAUAAGAAUAAGAAACUUAUGUCAAACCAUAUAUGUGCCAGUUGUGACAACCUCAUGGCAUCGGCUCAUUUGCCUAUGGCCAUUGUCCCAUGUGGACAUACAUUCUGCAAAGUUUGUGCAACAGAAUUUUCAAAAUGUCCACAAUGCCACACAGAGGUGUUCUCAAUAGCUCCAAACACUGUGUUGCAACAAAUUAUUGAGGAUUUCAGAAAGAAACAGGAAAAAGAGAGACUACAGCAGCUGGAAAAGCAAACGAGGAAAUAUGUUGAAGAAUAUCAGAAUUUGAAUUUAAGAUGUGAAGCCCUGGGAGAUGAAGCAGAUAUAAUAUUGAAUUCAAUGGAGGAAAUAACAGAGAGUAUUUUAAAAGAAAAGAGAGUAGGGAGAAAGUUGGAAAAACAAAAUACAGACAUCAAGGCAAAGAUAAAAGAAUUGGAGCUCGAACACAGCAACAAUGAAGAACUUCUUAAGGAAUCCUCAUCUAACUGUCAUAUUUUAGAAAAAAAAUAUGAGUCGGAGAAAGAUAAAUUAGCAUUAAUUGAAGAAACUAUUAAAACAAUUCGUAACAGCAAGGAAAGAGCUAAGUUGAUGAUUCAAAACUUAGCUCCUAAUUUAAAAUUAGAUGACACAUUUUAACUACUUUACAAUAGGAUUAAAGAACAUUAUUAUACAACUGAGCACUACCAACCUUAAGAAUAACAAGUUUUAUCUUUGAAGUUAAAGAUAAAAUGCAAGCUUGAGUAUAUAAUAAUACAAUAGCACAAAUGGUA